ACCUUACUACACCAACUUACCAUUCAGACAAAAUUUUAGCCACCUACACACAACAGUCCAUGGAAUCCACAGAUAAGCCUGCACCAGAGCCCCAAAAGGCUGCGCCGCCACCGGAAGCCCCAGCACCCGUGCCCGAGAAGGCUGAGCCACCACCGGAGUCUAAAGUCCCGGACUGCUUUGUGGUGGCGGACGUGGUUCUAAGGGUGAUAUUGUUUGCAGCGGCCGUGACGGCCGUGGUGGUGAUGGUCACUGGUGAUCAGAAGAAGCAUGGCCCAUUCACUCGGGUGGCCGUUCCAGUUCCAGUUCCAGAGAAAUUCAAUUAUUCACCGGCCUUCAUAUACUUUGUAGCUGCACUCUCUGUGGCUGGCCUACACAGUAUUGUUACUACAGUGAUAUCCAUCUUAGCACUUUUUAAGCCAGGUUGCUCCACAAAGUUGUUGCCCCAUUUUGUGAUCUUCGAUGUUCUCAUUUUGGGAAUUGUAGCUGCAGCGACUGGAGCUGCAGGGGCAGUGGCUUACAUCGGAUUAAAAGGGAACUCUCAUUUCGGCUGGGCCAAGAUAUGCAACAACUAUCACAAAUUCUGUCAACACCUCGCAGCCUCUGUUGCAGUCUCUCUCGUUGCCGCCAUUGUGCUGGUAUUGCUCAUCAUACUCUCCGCUUUCUCCCUUUCCAAGAAGAUCCCCCCACGUAGGGAUUCCGACAUCAAAAAAUGAAUUUGAAAACAGCAGUGUUACAAACACAGAAUUUGUGCAGCGAAAAGUGCAAGGAAAAUGAAGAGAUUCAAAUCCGAUGUGAUGUGGACCACAACUAAAAUCAAUAUGAGCCCCAUAUUUUAUUUUCUGUGCACUUUUCUCUGCACAUUUUCUGUGUUUGUAUGUUUUCCCAAGUUUGAAUCCUAGCAAAAGGCAGGCAGCCUUUGCUAAGCAAGUGUCAAGUGGAACUAGUGCUGUUUCAUUUGUGCCAUGUAGAUAUGUUGUUUGAUUGUGCAGUGGCGGACCCAAAUUUGUCUGUGUAUUUAUGUGAAUAUUCAAUUAUCUGUAAUGCAGUUGAACUACUGUUUUGCUUUGUUUUUG